CUGUGGAUGAAAUUUACACGAAUGAAUCAGUGAAAUUCUACUAUUUAUGGUUAUCUUUAUGUUCCAGCAGUUCUUCAGGAUUUAUUCUUUCUUCCUUUAUACAUCCGGAGGGGUUGGCGCUGCUAACGCGCGCGACUUUUCAAAGUGGGCGAGUCCAUGUGACGAGGAUGUUCAGCAGGCUAGUUAGCCAGCUAGCUUAGCUUAGGAUUUUUACAGUUACCGUGCAGUGCAACAUGUCGAUUGAUUUUGACAGCGCUGCUCUUCAGACUCAGCAUGAUGAGGAAGAAUACGACCAGGAAGACUUUGCAAGAGAGCAAGAGCUGCACAAGCUGCUCACAGACCUGCCAGAUGACAUGCUGGAAGACAGCAGAGACUCCUCCUCCCCUGAGCUGGAGAGCUCUACCUACAGCCGUAAAAACACCGGCAACAGCCCUCAGCCAAAGUGGAACCAGGAUUGGUCUGAUCAUGUACAGCCAACGUCUCAUGCACAGGCCUCUGAAGUUGGCUCACAUGAUGAGUACGUCUAUGAGGAUGGUCCUGGGUAUCCUAACGGACAUCUGAGUCACCCUCCUAAUCCAUUACUGCCUCACGGAUGGAACCGGGAUCAUCACUUUGUUCAGGAAAAUCAAACACGCACAAACAUGGACUCAGAUGAUUACGCAGAGACCGGGGAUUAUCCUGCAGAGUGUGAGCCCAUGUUGUAUCCUGAAAGCACCAAAAACCAUGUGGAUUAUAACGGAGACGGAGGCUACAGCAAUCACCAUGGGGACCACGGCAGCAGAAGCCAUUUCCAGUUGCAAACUGCCAAUAGGGAGCAGGUCGCCCAGCUGCAGGUUUUAAACAAAGGUCAACAGAGGCAAAUAGAGGACUUGGAGCGGAAACUGGAGGAUUCACGCCGUAAUAUGAGAUACAUCGAGCAUCAGUUUGCAAUCGUCAAAGAUGAAAAAGAUGGCCUUGCUGUCAGUUUGAAGGAGUCCAGUCGACUGAUAGAAGAGGCGAAGAAAGGAGAGGUUCAAAUGCAAAACAAGCUGAAGGUGUUGGAGCAGCAGGUACAGAUCCUCAGGGAGAAAGACCAGGAGAACACGAAGAGGCUGAAGGUUGCUGAUGCUGCAGUGGACAGCAUGAAGCAGCAGAUGCUGGAGCUGUGUCGCUCUGACACUCUGUCCAGAACGCGGGAGCAGCACGACAGAGACCUGGCCACCAUGAAGGAGCAGCACCAGGCUGCACUGCUGGCUCUGGAGCAGAAGCUCGACUCUACCUCACAGGCUUUCAAUGACCAAAUUGAUGUCAGUAAGAAGCUUCAACAGCAAGUCAAGCAGCUGGAACGUCAGAGAGAAGAAGAGCAGCUGGAGAGAGCCAGGAUCGUUAAUUCUCUCACCCAGCGCCUGGAGGAGAGUCAGCAGCAAUGUGCCAAGCUGCUGCAGACAAGUCAUUCUGUUCUGAAUCACCUGUCAGAAUCCAAACUGCCCAAGGAAGAAGCUCUGCGGCUGCUGCGCAUGGAAAUGCAGCGCUGCCUGGGUUGUCUGAAGGCGAAGAGACAGAAGAUCAAUCAGCUGCAGGACGAGCUCCAACAAUCUCAGGCUCGGGUCCGCGAGCUGCUGGCCGAGUUGGAGGAAGCGAAGCUCAGCUCUACAGCCAAAGAAACCGACCCGAUGACACACCUGGACAUGACCGAAGGCGCACAGGAAGAGAUGCUGAGGAUGCAGGAGGAGAAACAACACCUGCUGGAAAAAGUCCAGUUACUCGAAACAAAGAAUAAGGAGUUAAAACAGAAUGAGGAAAAGCUGAAAUGUGCCAACUCUGAACUGUGCACCAAAAUGAGGGAAAUGAUCCAAGAACUGGACCAAGAAAAACAGGAAGCUGCUGAAAGGACUGAGCGGAUUAAUCAGCAGUAUAGAGAUGAUGUGGUGAAGCGGGUCAGAACAGAGCUGAUGACGGAGCACAGCGCUGAGCUGGAGCGGCUGACUGCGCAGCACCAGCAGCAGAUUCAGGAGCUGCAAAACCAGCUGUCAGAAGUCAGUGAUAAGAUGCUGGCCGUGCAGGAAUGUUACAUCUCUGUGUGCAACGAGAAGUGUCUCCUGGAGGAAACGAUAAAGAAGAGAGAGAAAGAAGAGAGCAGUAGGACUGCUGGAAAGCUGAGAGGAGAACUGGAGGCUCAGCAUCAGGUCUCAGUGAUGAAGCUUAAAGAAGAAUGGUCCAAGGAGAAAGAGGCUGAAAUCCAGCGGGAAGUGAGCUCUCACGUAGCUUCCACAGACGCCAAAUGGAAGAAGGAACUUCAAAAGAUAGAGACGACCUGGGCUCAGAAGUUGGAGGAGGCUAAGAGGGAGAGAAACUCAGACACUGCUGAGGCGAUGUGCCAAACAGAAGAGCUGGAGGCUAACGGUCACGCCGUUUCUGCUGAGGAGCUGGACGCCCGGCUCGCUGCCCAGAAACAGGAAGCUGACAAAGAGCAACACAAAGCUGUGGAGGAAGCCAAAAAACGAAUCCAGAGAGAGUUGGAAGAGAAACACCUGAACGACAUGGCCAAGCAGGUGGAAGGGGCUGUAACCCGGGCCUACAGCCGCUGGAUUGAGGAUUUGCCUUCCCUACCGGAGCAUCAAACACUUCUCCAAAGAGAAAAGCAGAAAUGGGAAGAGCUGCAGGAAGAAGUCACAAGGCAGAAAGUGUCCCAGGCCCUGAGGGAAGCAGAGGAGGAGCGGCACAAGAAGCAAGUGGAGCAUCCUCAGGAGGAGCUGGCAGCUCUGAAGAGCCAGCUAGAGCAAGCCAGCAGAGAGCAAGCCGCCCUGCUGAAAGCUGAGCUAGCUGCAGCCCGAGCAGCGUGGCACAGAGACAAACAGCAGGAGAUCUCCAUCAUCCAAGCCCAAAACCAGCAAGCAUACCAAACCAAGCUGCUGGAGCAGUGCAAAAACCUGGAGCAGGCUGUGCAGGGAGUCCGAGAAGAUGCUGACCUCCAGAGGAAGGAGCUGCUUCUGCAGAUGGAGGCCAAGCUUCAGCAGGCUCUAAGGACGCGAGAAGAGGAGUGGAGACGCCAGUAUGCAGAGAAGGAGCUGGCCCAACGACAGCAGACGAAGGAACAGUUUCUAUCAGAGCUUCAGGCUGCCGUGGCUGACGUUUCUACACAACUUCUAAGGCCUUCUGGAGCAGAGCUUCAGCAGUCUGAAGAUGGAAGGAGCAGCAGUAGGUCUCCAUCACAAGCAGCAAUCACAAACAUCAUUGAAACCGCAUGUAGAGAAAUGGUGAAGAGGGCAGUAUUGGAGGCUAAGAAGGAGUGGAAGAAAACAAGUGAAGAGAAGCUGAGCAACAUCCUAAAAGAAACACAAGAGAGACACACAAGAGAAGUCCACAAAAUACAAGACUCUUUGUCUCAGAGGAAGGAGCGGUCAUGUUACAUGAAGGAAUGCACCGAAAGCCUCGGGAAGCUGCAGAAGAAGAAUCAGGAGCUCCAGAGACAUUUAGAGAAAGCCUGCCGUCAACUUCAGCACCGCAUCCGUGAACACAAAACCGCCAUUCAGGUUCUUAAAGGUAUGCAUUUUGUAUUCAACACACGCCUCAAAGCCUCGGCUUCUCAUAACAUCACUACAGAAGACCUAAUGGUUAGAAGCUCACAGUGGGAAGCGAAUUUGUUCUUAUCUGUUUUUGUUUAUGUUGUUUUUUUUUCCAAUAGAAAUUCUGACCUCCAGCAAGCCCUCGAGGAGAUGAAGCAGCAAUACCUGAUCACUGUAGAAAAGAUCAGAGGAGACAUGCUGCGUUACCUGCAGGAGAGUCGAGGCCGUGCUGCAGAGAUGAUCCGCAUCGAGGUGCAGAGAGAGAGACAGGACACCGCCAGAAAGAUGAGGCACUAUUAUCUGACCUGUCUACAGGAGUUACUGGAGGACGGGGGGAAAACUACGGGUGCUGAGAAGAAAAUAAUGAGUGCUGCAAGCAAGCUGGCGGCCAUGGCUAAGGUGCUGGAAACUCCUGUUAAAAGUAAAUCCGGAAAGAAUUACGUUUUACAAAGCUGUCAGACGGGUGGAUCCUCUAACGCCGCUGGAGGCCUGCCAGCUGGAGGCGCUGGUUUCAGUACCAACCUGGCGGCACUAAACAAACUUCCUGAUUUGAGGCCAGAGCAGCAACCUGUAAACGCUUCCGUGGAUCCAGGGCUGAAGCCAAACGCAGCAGCUGGAAGCAAACUUUUAAUCCACCAGGACACUUCUGCCCCUCAGGAGGGUUCAGACGCCGCAGGGUCAAAACCCCAAACCUUUAAUACCAUCCCACCUUCCUACAAAUCUCAGCAGACAUCUUCCCAACAGCACAUGGAUUUUGUCGCUUCGUCUUCGACGGGUAAAAUCUCCGACUGGCUUCUGCAAGGAGGCGACUCAAACAAAGCAGUUAGCCGCGCAAAAUCAGCCGGACACAGCCGACCUUUCCUCGUCCAGGAGGCUCCAGUCAGAGAUGAGAAGCAGGCGGACUGGAGCCUGGCUAGCAGUGACUCAGACUCUGGUCCAAACGUAGCCAGAACGUCACACCACCGGAGGAGAGUUGAACCACUGAGGCCUUUGACUGUGAGUGAAAUGGGAGCAUUUGGGGGCCUCACACCAGAUGGUUCAGACCUAACCGUGUAUCAGGAGAUUCCCAAACAGACGCCUAUGACCGAAAAGGAUGCUCAAGCAAAGAGGAGUCUGGUCAGAGAGCCGAUCCCCGGCUCAGAGUGUGAAAACUGGCAGCAGGCUCACUUCAGGGUUCUGUUCGGUGAGCUGAGGGAGCGACAGCAGGACAGCGGGUUCGACAGUCCCACCUACCAGCAGAAAUGAUGAAGGCAGGGAAGAGGCAGCAGCUUCAUAACCUGCGCCUUUAAUUCAUCAUGUUUACAUGUUAUAAAACGUUGAAAACAUCUUCAGCAGUUUUGCCAACCAUGCUUCAUUAAUAGAUAAAUACAUUUUAGGAUAUUU